AGAAGAAAUGAUCAACGUAAGGUUAAGAGAAGCAGAAGCCAAUGCAGAAUUGAUUGAACUCAGGCAACGGGUUUCAGGCCUUGAUAUUAAGAAUCAAGAGCUGAUCACUAAUAACUCAUUAAUACAAGCUGAGAGUAAUCACAGGGUUGAAGAACUCAAAGAUAGAAUCAUGGAGUUAAAGAGAGAGGUGGCUGUCUUCAAAAAGCGAGAGAGGCUACGAUCAGGAGAAAAGGCUGCUGACAUCGAACGCGAGAUCGAGCAAGAUCCUGAGCUUCUACAACGCGAGCAACGAGUCCUGGAGGAUGAAGCCAACCAAGAGGAGGUGAUGGGCAUCGAUAUCUCCAUCAUCGAGUCCGACAACGAUGAGGACAUCAUCGCUGAGAUCUCUGAUGAGGAGGUCUUGCCGAAGGAUGAACCACCUCACUCUCCUCUAGAAAGGAAAGAAAGCACUGUAUGAUGAUUGCUGAUCUUAGCGAUGCUUUGGUCGUUCCCACCACAUUCUGGAAGAUCAAUGAUGACAGUUAUACCCUGAUGAUGGAAGGAGUUGGAAAGUUCUUGCCAUGAUAUUGUUCAUAUGAUAGACUGCAGAGUGGGAUGAAGUUUAGGAUGUGAUGUGGAACUGCUGAAAGACAUCUUUAGGAUUUGUAGAUCAGAUUUUUGUGGAAUCCUCUUGAAUGAAAUUGCUUUUGUGAUUGUAGGCCAAGGUAGAAACUCGGACCACUAAAGGAUAUCGGAGGACAUAGGGAUGUGAUGCCCGUAAACAUGCAUUCUGUCACAGAUAGGAUUUUAGAAGAUUUAUUUUACAGGAACAUCAUGCAUGCAAUAGAGCCAAGAACAUGGGGUUAGACUGAAUCUCCAACAUGGAAUUCUUGCUCGAUAUUGACAUACACCAAUGGAGACAAGUUCUCUUGGUUAGUGCACCCUCUUGUGUCUCAAAAUGGACAGUAUUUAUUUGCAUUUCAGAUCGUUCUUGGAAAAAGGGAGAAGACAAGGGACGUUCCUAGCCAGGUAAAAGAAGGAAAAGUAUGCUCAAAUCAAAGACUGUUCUGCAAAAUCCUAUGUUACAUAUGAAACAAGGUUUUUAUUCAUGUAGUAUUAUCACCUGUUCAUAACUGAAAGAGGUAGAUUUGUAAGGAUGCAAUAGAGUUUCCUUUCAGCUCUCAACUUAGUGUGAAACCUGAAAGGUUCAUGUUUUUUUCAUAUGGAAGUUUUUAAUUUACUUCAUUGUUUAUGUUUUGUCUGUAUGUUAGGAUUUUUACAUUCAACCACAAAAAGAUAUUUUUUUUUUUUUUUUUAAAUCAGUUUUUAAAGAUGUCAAAUUUUACUUAUAAGGCAGUUGUUGCAUUGUGUGCAGAUACAUUGAUUCUAGCUGGGGCCCUGUUUCAUCAACUUAUUUAUCAUUGAAAAUGUUCAUGGUUCUAUGACACAUGAGCUUUUAGCCAAUCAAAUGCCCCCAUCUCAGUAGCUUAUAACAGUAAAUGCCUUCAGCACAGUGGAUGAAACAGGGUCCUUUGUGAGUAACCAUCUUCGUCGCUUUGUUUGACAAUGUUGUAAAGGUAAUGUCUUUUGUAUUUGUCAUAAGAACUUGUGAUCGUGAAAGAGGUUGUAUAAUUAGAAACAAGAUAUACAUAGAGCAGGAGAAAUAAUUCUGACUAUUUGUUAUACAUGUAUGAUAUCACAUUAGGUUGACUAGUUUUAAAGAUAUAAUAGUGGUGUUUUUUUUAAGAUUUAAUACACUAGAAUAAAAAUGAAAGAUGAUUUGAUAUGUUGGACUUGAUCCUAUUACAAGGCAAAAUAAAUAUUUUAUUAUCAAGUUCGAUACACCAGGCCCCCGUCUUACAUAGAAUUGCGAUUGAUCCGGUCAAUCACGAGUAUGGACGGCCAGCAAUGUCAACAUCUAAUAUUCAUGUUUGUUCAAAAUAUUUUCUAACUAUGAUGUAAAUUCAUGUAUUCAUUGUUUUCUUAAAAAUUCACUGUGUUUACGAAAGACAUUGUGCAAAUUUCCUGUAGAAAAAAAUCAUGACACCGAUGGAUUUCCAUAGAAUUAUGAUUGAUUGGAUCAAUAAAACUCUUUGUAAGACGGGGCCCUGAUAUAUAUUUAAGAAUAAGAGAUUGAUACUGUGUAUCAUUUAUGAAGAUAGAGAAUAUAAAAAAUCGAAGCCAAAUCAAGCCUUACAAAACAGAGACUAUGCAUUAUUAAAAUUCCAUCAAAGUUCAUGAUAUGUGCACCAAGUACCAUAGAUACUGAGAUGCUCAUCUGCACUACAGUGAUUUAAUUAAAGAUGCUUGCAGUAAUCACCUGAAUUAGUGAGGUGCUUGCAGGUACCAAACACAUUACACUAGAACACUGGUCAGAUAAAUUGAGGUGCUUCUAACACCAUUAGCACACAUCAAAGAAUUGCAGUGCAUGACAUUUACCGGCAACUUUUUUUUUCAUUAAUUGGCUGUAUACAGAAUAAAUAAAAUGUAUUGUUAUCAAUACAUGUUACAUUGACAUUGUGUUGCAUGUCAGAAAUAACUUGGCUCAAUAACGUGCUUGGACAUGCAGACUGCCAUAUACAUUUACAGUUCCAAGAAAAGUGUAACAUAUUUUAAACUUUGACAGUAAAAAACUAUAUGUAUGUCUUAAUACCUGUGCAUAAGGGUAUUUUAGACUGACGUGGCUCAUUAUGGGAUGUGGCUGUGGUUACAAAAUUGCAAUUUUCAUGUGAAAGUGCGAUAUUUACCUCUCAUUAAGGCAAAAAUUGAAAAAAGAACAACGACCGAACAAAAAAGUAGAAAGAAAGUUAUGUAAGUCUUUCUUCUCCAGAUAAAAGACGAUACAUACUAUUAGUUUGCAAUCCAAAUCAGUUAUCAAAAUUAUGAAUAGUAUCCAGCUAUUUAUUGAUAAUAUUGUCAUUAACAAGAAGGGGUGAGAUACGUAUCCGUCUUUUGUUCUAAAAUGGAUUACAUUAUUAGAUAUGGAUUUAAAAAAUCAAGUAUCCAAAUCAACAUGCAAGGCCAUUUAACUUCUAGAUUUAUUCAUAAUUUAUAAAUCUCUGAAUAAUAUAUGUGAUGAUACAACUCUUCAUAUUUUCUCACUGUAUUUUGCAUACUGUUUUUCAUGUUCUUACGUCUGUAUCACAAUGUUUUUUUAUCUUUGAAAAGUUAUCUAUUAGAGCUGCAUUGUGUCUUUCAUGAGGCUGUGUGUUGGUGCAUUUAUGGGGCAGUUACAAGAAACUUGCUAUUGAUUGAAAAUUGAUUGCGUGUCUUCUUCCUGCAACAGAAAGUCUAACUGAUUUUCCAGUUAACAUUGGUUUAUCAAUGGCAAAUUUACAACUGUAAUUUGUAAUCUGUUGCAAAUUUACCAUUGUAAUUUUCAAUCAAUUGCAAAUACAAAUCUUGCAACUCCCCCUACAUGUUUGUCUGUGAAGAGUAAACUUGAUUUGUUUUUAUCAUUUUUCUUUUUAUCUUUCUAAAAAAUUUUUUUUAAUAAAUGUCUUCCUUGUUUCCUUAUGAAAUGAAUUGAAUGUUGCUAGUUAACACAUUUUUUUCCUGUUUUUAUGCACAUUUAGAUAUUCAGUUUAAACUUUUAGUCAAUUUGGGGGAAGCAAAGUUUAAUUAUUCAAAAUCGAGUGUAAUGAAAAUCUGUCUUUAAUAUUUUUGGCUAGUAAAGUUUUCUAUUCCUUUUUCAAUUCUUGGAUAGAGAGUUACAUGAGCAACAGAAAAAUAGGGAAAAAGGAGAAUAUUAGGAGAAAAAGAGGUUUGAAUGAUAGGAUAUUAAAUGUACUUUCAUUUUGUUUUUAUCAAAUAAUUAGCUCAAUAUUCUAUCCAGUGAGCAGUGAUAUCCAAUUUAGCCGUGGAAUACAUCUGAUGAAUAGUGAUGCGCUCUUUAUCUUCAGUCUUACGAAGAUAUAAAAUGCAAAAGGUUAAAAGACUCUUUAAUUUUCUCUCUUUUCUCCCUAUUCCUCUUCCUGCUUGAUAAUCUACUUGCUUAGAUUCAUUUCAUUGAAUGUUGUUCAGCUUUGCAUUGGUAGUAAUUUAUUUCAAAAGUUGUACAUUUGUGUGCUUUUUAUUUAUUUCAGCGGAUUUUAUUCCCUUUUAAUGCAUAGUAUGGCAUUCAAAUGUGUUUUUAUAUGCAAUUUCUGUAAAGAAUAAACUCUGAAGAGUUAAUGUGUUAAUGUCUUUGACAGACAGGAUUGAUAAACCCCUCCUAAAUUCUACAAUUCAUGUUUAAGCAGUUCUUUAAUUGUUUGCAUCAUCAUUAUUAUUAUUAUUUAUAUGGCCAUAGAAAACAAACAUACAUUGAUUCAUUUAUGUAUGACAAUGAUACAUUUAUUAAAAGCCUGUCUGUAUCCCUUUAUCAUGGAGCUAUAAAACAUGCCUUUAUUGUCUGAAUAUGAGGAUACGCUGAAAUCAUUGUUUUAUAGCUGUCUGUGUUUUUAGGUAACCAUUAUAUGCCAGAGUUUGAACUGACAAGCGAUAAACUAAGUAACACCAUGAAUUUAACACAGGUGUAAAAUGCUUAAUGUGGUCCUCGCAGAACAUAGCAGCAGAAGUGCUUGUGUCAGUUCAAAAUAAAAUAAUGAUAAGAACUAAUUAUUUCAAUACGGUAUUUGUUUAAAACACCUUACAUCAUUCAAAUCCUGAACAUGAACAUUGAUUAUGUAUUUUGCAACGAUCGACUUUCAUCUUCAAAUGGGGCAUUAUUGAGGGGUAAAGAGGGGAUUUUUAAGAACCUUGAUGAUAUUGAUUAUGAAAUUUGUAGUAACAAGAUAGAUUUAAAUGCUCAAACAUGAAUUGUAGAAGUUUUAUAGGGAUUUAUGUAUUAUAUUCUCAGUAGUCACACUUAUUUUUUCUGUAAAUACAAUUGCAUUCAUCAGAAUACAUGAUUUUUAUGCUGUAUAUUUCCACAAAACUCACCAGUAAUGAUUAUUCUAACAUCUUAGAUUAUUAUUUUUAUUUCGAUUCGAUUGGUAUUUUAAAAUGAACUGACGUGAUGAUUCCUUUUCUGUAUUUCUCUAAACGUAGUUAUGAAAUGGAAGUUGCAAGUUGAUCAAAAGAAAUUUAAGAGGUCGGCUUUUCUCCAUUCUUUACCUCAGUUUUUAAAGAUUCUUCUAUUAUUUGCUUACUUUAUUUCCCUUGAGCCUUGUAUCAUGUGUCUCAUGAACAAAUAUUGAAUAGUAUUUUAGAGAAGGAAAAAGUAAAGAUGUGCAAUUAAGAAUAGAUAUGAACUACAGAUUGGGGCCUUGUUACAUAAAGAUAUCUAAUCAACAUUUGCAAUCAAUCACAAUUUUUUUCUUGUGUACUUUUUCAUGGACUGAUUGAUAGGAAAUGAUUGUAAAGUUAAAUUCUAUGCCACAAGGCCCAUAAUAUGCAGAUUUCUUCAAACUUGACAGAACUAGUAAACACUAUUGUACAGUAUAGAUAUUCCAUUACACUGUAUGUUGAUUUUGGUAUGUAUUUUAUGACAACGCACACUUGCCAUAUACCAAAACUUAUGCGAUGUUUAAAUUACAAUCUUCAGAAAGAACCAAAAACAUGUAAAAAAAAAUUAUAUGUAUUUUUUAUCACUGAUGAGGUAUUUUUUCAAUCAUGUGAAUGAACUUGUAUGUUUAUUUUCUGAAUGAGUUGUACAGAAAUGAUUAAGAUUAUAGAAGGCAUUGUAUUGUCUCAUGUCUGCUGGUGGGAGAUAUAGACCAAUAUGUAGACAUAAAAGAAUUUGUCAAAAAGUCCUUAAUUGUGAUAUGUUCUAGUUACUUGAUAGGCUUUGCACUGGCAUUUAUGGAAAAGAAGAAAUUUCAAAGACCUUUUUUGUAAUUGCUCUCAAAAUUUAUCAAAUACUGUUGUGCAAAUUACAUUUUUUUAAAUUGUUUUGUUAUCAAUAAUCCAUUUAGUUAGAAAAACUUGAUAUAGCCCUUUUUAGAAAGCAGCUCACAAUUUUAGGGUACUGGUAAACAUGAUGGAAAUGCUGGGAAGGAUGGUUUAGGAGAAAGGGUUUAUUUCACAUCUAUAAGGACGUAUCUACCACACAACUAGCUAAGUGUAAAACAAAGCAUCGCGCUCGACUGUAGGACUGAUUUUUACACUUCAGUACAUUGAUCAUUAUGUGCAAUCGAGCUUUACCGAUGUAUUUUUAAUGGGAAUUUUUUUUUUGGGGGGGGGGUGUUAGAUCAAAAUUCAUAAACCAAAACUGUAGAUGUGGAGUUAAGAUCAAAAUGCAUUUAACAAACCUUUUGCUCACAGUGAACUAAAGAACUAAAGAAGGUCAUAAGUAUUUGAUAUCUGAUAUCUCGGACGUAUGCCCUUUUGGUUCCAAGCUAAUACACCCAUUUUGUUCACAGGUGAUGAAAGUCUUGUAUGAAAAUACAAAGCUUUGCACCACUGUGGGAAAGUAUGAUAGAGUGUUGGUGCUUGGAUGGGUGGGGGAAGAAGAAGUUAAAGAGAAUUUCUGUGUUUUCACCAGUAUUUAAAAGGAAUUGAUUUCAGGAAAUGCACUUGAAUAAAUGAACAUAGAAAUUAGAUAUCAUUUGUGUAAAUAAAUAUUUUCUUCAACAUAAAACCGCACACAAUUUAAUAUAUUUUUAUUAUUUUCCCCAAAGUAAAGAAUUCUCAGAUAUGAGGAAGCUCAUUAAUUUGAUACGUGUAAAGAAGAAAAAUCAUUUUCUGUAAAGGAUUGUGAUUGUGUGAAUGGGAUUGAAGUAAAUUUACUGUAAUAAUGACUCUUUCAUGUUUUAAAGUAUGCAUAGAAAAAUGUUUUCACAUUUUUACCAUACAUGUUGGGCACUAUGAUUGUGCUUAUUUUAUUGCCCUAUUGUCGAGGAAAACUAUGUAUCGUUCACAUGACAUGUAAACAAUCAUUUUAUACUUUUCCAUUUGGAAAUACCUUUUGAUGAUUGUAACAUACACUUUAGAGAGAAAUACUAAUAAAUGCAAAUGUUAUAUUUAAAAUAUAAAUAGA